AUGAGUCCAGUAGGAACACUGGCAGAGCUAAUGGAACGAAUAGAGCAGCAUGCCAGGAACGAGAAUGACAUACUCCAGGAAGACAGCAAGGUGGUUGCCGAGCAAGCCAAGGGACCUGCGAAGAAUGUAGAUAAACUAGAGCCCAAUACCUACUGGGAGCGAAAAGAAUAUGGGCAAGCUAAGAAAGAGCCGUACAGGGAGAAACGAGCUCCUGAUCCCAAGGUUCUGGUGGAUUCAGGAAGUUGCAUUGAGGUGCUAUAUUACGAUGCUUUCAAGAAGCUGGGACUGACCCAGGCGGAUCUAGUACAAUCAAUGACUCCUUUGGUCGAGUUUGAUGCAGGAGCAGUUUGGCCAUUAGGCAAAGUAAUGUUGUCUGUUUGGGCAGGAACAGUGAUAUUGCGAACUGACUUCCUAGUAGUGGAUGUACCAUCUUCUUAUAACGCGAUUAUAGGAAAAAUGUGGUUGCACAAGAUGAGGGCGAUUUCUUCCACUUACCAUCAGAUGGCACCCAAAGCAAAGUUGGUCCAAGCUAUUGAAAAUCCAAAUCAGCCGACCAUCGAAGAUGUUGGGGCAAAUCCCGCCGAGAAAAUGGUGGAAGGAUUGAAAAAGGUCCAGAUCAAUGAAACUAAUCCAGAAAGGUAUUUUCUGGUUGGGGAAAACCUGUGCAAAGAAGAAGAAAAAGAGUUGGUGGGAUUCCUCAAGGAACAUGUUGACGUGUUUGCCUGGGUACCCGAAGAGAUGCCUGCGGUGGAUGCAAACGUGAUUUGCCACCACUUGAAUGUAGAUCCACAACACAAGCCCAUGAUGCAGAAAAAGAGACGAUUAGCCGUACAACACAUGGACACUAUUAUCGAGGAGGUUGACCGAUUACUGGAAGCAAAGGCCAUACGAGAAGUUUACUACCCAUAG